UAUUUUUAUUUAUUCCGAUAUAUCGGACUUAAUUACUGUACACCAUGGCUGUGGAGCGUAAUACGGUGAAACCUCGUCCUUCCGACCCUCCGUCGGCUGAGGUUGAGGGUUCCAAUUUAAUGGACUAUGCUCUUGAAGCUGGUGGUUACAUUGUUAGCGAACCUCCUUGUUUAUUAAGAAACGACCGGUUUUUAGCAGUGGUGAACAAUAAGAAAUGUGUUUUGUACAAUUGCAAGCAGGGUCAGAAGUUUACAGAUUAUGUAGAGCAUGAUGAGAUGAUUACAUCUUGCGAUUCAUUUUGUCUAAAUGAUGACACUGACAUUCUUUUGACUGCUUCUAGCGAUGGCAUUUUGAAGGUGUCAGGCUUGGUAUCGCAGAAGGGUGGUUCCAUUGACUGGUUACUAUUGGGUACAUUCCACAUGUCACAAAAGGGUCUUAUUGGCGUGCGUGUUGGCAAAUCUAGUGGUGACUUGAUUUGUGUAUCUGCUCUAUCGGAUGCUCACGAGGUUGUGAGGUUACAGCUUGAUUAUGAGGGUCUAUUGAAAUCGUCUGGAGACCAUGACGUUACAAUACCCAUUGAGGUGGAUAUCACUGAUCUUGACCAUAGCGGCACCGUUACUGGGAAAGGCAAGCGUUCUAAGAACCCUAAGCGUGGUAUCUCUAAUACCGAAUUACCAGAUUACAUACUGGACUACUCUUUUGUAUGUACUCUCCCCCGUAGGAUAGAUGUGUUUGCUACGGAUUCCGAACUCCAUUGUAUUGGAUUUUCCGUUGGCCGUACCGGUAUUGUGAUAAACAUGGAAUCGCGUAAGAUAUUAUUUUUUGAAUGCCUGGCUAGUGUAAGUUGCAUGUCAUUUUACAAUGGCAGCAACUUUGCUGUUGGUGACUCCAAGGGGAGGAUAACUGUGUUUUCAGUGGAUGUGUCAAAACAGGUCCACCACACUGAUAACGCCAUUCUAUGUUGUGACAUACCAACUGGUGUAUUUGAAUUGAAUCCUAGUAAUUUUAAAACGAUUCUAUUAAGGUUUCACUCACUGGCUACCAGUGGCCAUAGGACAACUGAUGGUGUGUUCUCUAACUUCCGGAAGAUCAGCACUAGUAUCACUACUUUAAUUUGGCAUGCUCAUGGCGUGAACUGUUUGUCAUACACUCCUGAUGGAUCGAUGUUACUUUCAGGUGGUGAGGAAGGCGUCCUUGUUGUAUGGCACUUACAUACAGGGGCAAAGAAGUUUCUUACUCGUUUGGGCUCGGCUAUAUUCCACAUUACUUGUAAAAAGUCUGGCAGUGCAUAUAUAUUAUCUUGCGAGGCUAAUGACAUUUUAUUUGUCGACCCAAAUGCAUUGGUCAUUCGUUCUCGUAUAACUGGUUUGGUGGUACCUAUCACCAUUGGUAUGAAGGUUGAUAAGGACGUGAACCAUAUUCGUUUACCUCAGGAGUUUGCGAAUCCAGGUAUGGCUAGUCUUCAGAACGACGUGAAUCGUGCCAAUUUAGCACUGAUAUGUGGUAAUCGUCCUGUUGUACCUAUAAUUCGAUACUGGCCUACUUUUGCGUUAGGACAGGUGUCCAGCUCCAUGGGAGCCAACGUAGCCAUAUACACUCGGUCAAACAAGUUACAGCGAUACAAUUACAUGGAUGACCGUGAGACUGACUUUAUAACCCUAAAGAACGUGAACAUAUUAAGUCGUCAGGACGACGACUUUGGUGAGGACUGGGAGCUUGAAGCUCUGGAAAUAAGUUCUGAUGGCCGUGUUGUUGUGACGGUACAAGGUCGCAAUGUUUUGGCUGCGGGUGCCGAUGGUAACGUAGACCCACUAUCCAAUGGUUUCGAGCAUGAUCUUUUGCGUAACAGUAGGAAAAGCUUACUUAAAUUCUGGGUACAUGGCGCCAAUGGUUUCACUGAGCAGACAAAGAUAUCUGAUCCUCACAGUAACCAUACUACCUCUAUACGACAAAUCGGUAUGGAUUACACAUUUGUGACUACUUCACUUGACUCCGAAUUUAAAUUGUGGCGUAUUGUGCGCAAACAUGUAAUAUCCGGUGACAACGUAUUCUCUGGGUACAGGACUGUUGAUGUCAAUGAUCUUGGGAGAUCAGUGGAUCUAUCUGACGUUGGCAGUUACGUUUGGGUUUGUGUUUCUACUGGUUCCUACAAGAACAUGCCUUGUUUGGGUGUUGCUUUGGCUGUAUCAUCUCAGAUUUUAGCUGUAUCGCAUGACAACCUCAUUACUUUCUGGAAGACUGACGUGAGUCAAAGUUCAUUUUCAAUGAUUGGGUCCAUGCCACUAUGUUCAAUGGAAAUUGACAAUGAAGAUGAACUACAUCGUCACCGUUAUACCCUUGAGUUUAUAUAUCCAGAGCAGCCUCCUCUACUAAUCUAUUCAAAAUCCAGCUAUCUCGCCAUUUUGGACAUUAGCACUGGUGGUACUGCAUGGUCAUAUCAGCGUCGCUCGGGUCAAUCGAUUGACCGUACACUUUAUGUACCGGAGUGUCCCAACCUCCUUGUGGUUGCUUCUAGCGUUAUAGACAACGAGACCAACGAAUGCACUGGUAUGCUGGAGCUGUUCUGGGUGGAGCGUGGUACUGAUGGCGGUAUUAAGGUAACUUCAUUUUACAAUGACUCUCGUGAGGUAUCUCGGGUCAUCCUUAAUAUGACUAUUACACCGAGUCCAUUUGUGACUACUCAGUGCUCCGACUCCAAGUCAUCUACUUUAGUCCUGUUGACUACCAACUUUACCCUGGAAACUAUUAUACUGGUGUCUAAUCCGUUUAGUAUCGACAGGCCCGUGGUGAAGUCGGUAUGCCUGAAACCCACACUGGGCACUCGUUUGCGUUGUGUGGAUCAGGUGGAAUCUCCCGUUAAGGAUACCUUUGGGGUAUUUAUCGAGUCGAUAUUAGUGCGACCCGCUAAGUCAAGGAAGCGUGCUAAGCACACCCACAUUUCUGAGGGCAUUUGCAAGAGUGCUGAGUGGCAACAUCGUAUCAAGCAUCCCCUGCCAAGUAACAUGUUGAAUGCCAUAGUCGACCCUGGUUGUCCAACAUGUGCUUUGCCAUCACCCACUGUGGUAUUGAACCGUCUUUCACGUAUGGUGAUUGUGCGUCACGUAAAACUGGAUUAGGAA